CAGCCUUCUGCAGAACAACAAGCACUUGGUUGAGUUGGUUCAACAUCAUAGAAAGGAAAAACAAAGAAGAAAAGGAUCGAUAGAGAUGGGUCGAGCUCCUUGCUGCGAUAAGGCGAACGUGAAGAAGGGACCGUGGUCACCUGAAGAAGAUGCUACACUCAAGGCCUAUAUUGAAGAGCAUGGCACGGGAGGCAACUGGAUUGCCCUUCCUCAGAAAAUUGGGCUCAAAAGAUGUGGAAAAAGCUGCAGACUACGAUGGCUAAACUAUCUUAGGCCCAACAUUAAGCAUGGGGGAUUCUCAGAAGAAGAAGACAACAUCAUCUGUAACCUCUAUAUCAGUAUUGGCAGCAGGUGGUCUAUAAUUGCAGCACAGUUGCCCGGAAGAACAGAUAAUGAUAUCAAGAACUACUGGAACACCCGGCUGAAGAAGAAGCUGCUCGGAAGGCACAAACAGUCCGGGGCAAAUCGGGGAAGUCAGGACCUCAAGGAUGCCUCCGGUGACGCAUAUCAAGCUUUAAGCAGCUCAGCCCUCGAGAGACUCCAACUUCAUAUGCAACUGCAGAACCUUCAGAACCCAUUCUCAUUCUACAACAACUCUGCACUGUGGCCCAAGUUGCAUCCUUUCCAGGAGAAGAUGAAUCAGACCGUCCAAGCCAUGAAUGACCACAACUCUAGCAACCCUCUGAUGAUGCAGCAGUUUUCUAUCUCAAAUCAAGAUCAAAUAGUGCAGGGCCACAAGGUUAAUGAACACUUCUUCGAACAAACUACAGGUGCUUUGGCAAUUCAAGAGCAAUAUGCAAAACUAUGCAUCAAUCCUAAGAUGGAUGAACUAGAGAACGCAAUGAAUGGCAUGUCAUCCUCCUUCAUAUCUACAAGCAAUCCGGUGGACUCAACGGUUGUGGUCUCAAAAGCCGAUCUCAUUGAACGGCAGGUAAAUGUGAGCUUCCAAGCUCAACUCGAUGACAUUAACAACUCUGUUGGUUUCACACCACAGCAGCAAGAUGAUCAGGUGGCUGAAUUUGAUUGUUUCAAGGAAAUGAACGUCACCAAGGAUAACUUAAUGUGGUGGGCUAAUGACUUCGACAACAAAUCUGCAUCAUCAAACUCCUGGGAUUCUACUUCUGUUCUUCAAUCCCAAGGGAUGUUUCAAGAUUACGAAUUAGGUUAUAACCUCUAGUUAUCUAGUUAUGUUAUCUCGAUCACAUUGAUGAACCAUAUUGUCGAUCGAACUCAUCAUCAGCUAAUAGAGGAGGUACCUACAUACGCAUGUAGGUCCCAUCUCUAUUAGGGAUAUCACGAUCUGCAAUGUAGUAUAUGAAUGUGGUCGAAAUAGUGGAUUUUAUCGAAUAGGGAUUCAAGUGAGGUAUGAAUUUCCUAGUUAGGUCAUAAGAGGACUAUGGCAAGACGGAAAA